CCUGUUAUCUUAUAGGAUAUAUGUUAAAGGCGUGUUAAUUGAAUGAUUGAUCACGUGGACUUGGCCUUAUGCAUCAUUUGAUAUAAUAUUUUUGAUGCUGUUCAAAGUAAAUAUUUUAUAAUGCAAAUUUUACAGUAUAAAUGUACUGUACUUUACAGUCUACUUUAUAAAAUAUUAAUUAUAUCUGUUCGGUCUGCUGCUCGUGUUAACUAUGCUUUGAGAAAUAAUGAAAUAAUUAAAAUAGUUUUAUUUAUUUUUUACGAUUAAAUGCAGCUUAUAAUUAUGUAUUAUACAUUCAAAUAUAAUAAAUGUAAUAGAAUAAUAUAAACUAGGUACUAUAUCAGGUUUAAUAGCGGUUAUUUUAUAGGAAAAGCAAGUACAGUUGCUUGUUUGCCUGUAGAGAGGCCUAUUCCUGCUUCAGCUUAAAAGAUAUUUAUAAUAAAAAAUAAUUAUAUAUACGAAUAGAAAAUUCAAAAGGCCCUGGAAAUAAUUAUUGCUGAGAGUCUCAAGACGUGUUAAUCCAUCUUGCUAACAAAUUUGAUUUGUUUACCAUUUAGUAUAAUAGAAAACAGCAUAAAUAUACUUUGUAUAUUAAAGAUUUGUUAAGUGUGUUUCCCAAUUUUAGCAGAAUUUAGUCCGUAUCUCAGAGAAAAUCCAUUAAAUUCAAGUAUUGCGCCUGUCAUAUAAAAGAAGGAAAGUUGCCAAACUUAGCGUCAACAGAGUGAUUGAGCACCCGAUCGUAAUCUUGAUGGAUAUAAUUUGACAAAGGUUAACACAUGACUUCCAUAUCAGAUUUUCCGUAUGGAUGAUUCCAUAACUCGAAUAUGAUAUAUCAACUAAAACUUUAUAAUUUUAAUUCGAUAGCAUCAAAUUAAUUUUCUUUUUUCCAUCAGAAUUUAGAUUAUGUUAAAAGAAGGUAUUAGACGUUAUCUAUGAUAAAAUUUCGAACUUUUAAGCGAAAUUUUUUUGUGAAAAUACAGAAUUUUGUCAGAAUAUCGAUAUUGAAACUCAGUUUUGAAACAAGUUAGGUAAUAAAUUUAGUACAGGUGAAUUACCCAUGACUACAUAAGUUUGUCACAAGUUAAAAAUAGCGCAAAAAAUGAUUUGAGAAAAUUCCCCAAGUGUAUUGUAUCUCUAACUAGAAUCCCCUCGGUUUAGCAAGGAACAGGCGGAGUCACAAUUUCCGUUAUUGGGGUGCAAAACCGAUAAACAGUCUAGAGGCACCGACACUUGAACCUCAUUCCGCUCUGGUCCUCUGCCAAUGUUAUGUUUAUAAGUAACUGUUAAACGGCGAAAGAUUAUAUGAGAGCUUGGCUUGCACUUUUCCUGACAAAUAACUCAUUAAGUCGCUGCGUUACGAUCUAGAGAAGAUGUCAUCCAUAAGGGAACUUCGGUACGCUUUGCAACAGAAAAUCGAAGAAAUUCGACAGAGAGACACACUGAUAGACAAACUGGAAAUGGAAUUAGAAGCCAAAAACGAACUAAUUCAACAGUUGCAAAAUGAUCUCGAACUUUAUAAAACGGUUAUGAAACCACUAACCAAGCAAAUGGCAAUGAAUAUGCAUUUGUGGGUGGAUUCAUCGAUUAGAAAUGGUAAAGUCAAAUUGGAAGGACGAACCAAACGUUUAGCUAUAUCUGCAGAACCCAUUCAUGCCGAUUUACUAGAAAAAAAUCUUAGAAAAGUAUCUAAGAGUAAACGAUCUAAAGAAUUAAUUAAAAAGGCAAUUUUAGAAAAUGAUUUUAUGAAAAAUUUAGAAAUUGUACAGAUAAGAGAAAUCACAGAUUGUAUGUAUCCAGUAAUUUAUCCAAAAGACAGUCUCAUUAUCAAAGAAGGAGAUGUUGGUAGCAUUGUUUUUGUUCUAGAAGGUAAGUUAAAUAUUGUAAUUGUCAAUAUUUGAAAUAUUUUAUAUUUACCAGUAUAGAAUGAUUGACAUAGAGAGCAAUAAUGAUAUACAAACUUAUUAAUUUUUAUUAAUAUCUUUGUCUCUGUCAAAUUGCAGUUCAGUCUGAUUAGUUAGCUAGAUAAUGUACCCAGAACGAAUAACUUAUGUGCACAGAAGCAAAUGUUUUCAAACUACAUCAGAUUUCUUCAAGCAUUAUAAUUAUUUGCAUUAGUUUUUUGCUUCUGUGCACAUCGGUUAUCAGUUCUGUUUACAUUGUUAACUAUAUAUCUUGAUGCGAUGUAGUGUUUUUACUAGUUAGCUAGAUAAUAUACAUCUGAACACAAGUAUUUUUUUUUUGGUUUUUAAGUGAUAAUCAUUGUAAAAAAUGAUUUUGAUCAAAACCUGUUCCUUUAGAACUGUAUACAAGCAUGAUUGAUUCUCUCUAAACAUUUAUUUAAUAUAGAUUUCAUUUUAUGAAAUCAUGAUUAUUAUUAUAUAGUACAUGCCAUGUUUAGUGUUGAAAAUUAAUGCAUGAAAGCUUGUAUAGGUAUUUUUUAUUUUAUUAAUGAUCUUAUUUGAUAAUCUGUUUUCAAAUGCAGAUCAUAUAAUAUUUGAUUUUUUAUUACUUGAUGCAAAAUGUAAUUUUUGGUGAUCUGUCCCACUUUGUUUUCAUUCACUCAGACAAUU